AUGUCGUGCGUCGAGCCGAGCGCAGUGUUCGACACUGGACACCGUGUAUUGGGCAGUCCGCGACACCCGAGAAUGUGUCUGCAUAAUACAUCGCUGUACGCUGUUGCUGCGGAGUCAGAUCGGGAGAGCGGCGCGAGCUCGCCGGAGGGGGGCGCGUCGCGUGCGCAGUUAGCUGAGCCGCGCACGCCCUCGCCGCGCUCGCGCACCCCACACCAGCAGCCACAUCUGAAUGGCUCCAUGGCGUCGAUGUUCCAAAAUCUGCAAAACCUGGCGAACAUGCAACAGAACAUGCCACCGAUGUCGCAACAGCUACAGCAACAGAUGUCGCAACAAAUGUCGCAACUUGCUGCGAAUCUUCAAGGCUUAUCGUCUAUGCCCUCCAACCCUGUUAUCAAUUCGCCUUUGAAUUUGAGCGUUAGCGCACCUGGUAUGGGAUCACCAAAUCCCGUGGCGAACAACAAUAUGCUACCGCCUGCGAUGCCGUCCCCCAUGCCGCAGCUAAUUCUUGCCUCCGGUCAGCUGGUGCAGGGAAUCCAAGGAGCCCAGCUGCUCAUACCGACUUCACAGGGCAUAGCGACUCAGACGAUCCUAACAAUACCAGUCAACCACGUGAACUCGAACGACCAGAUGGUAAACCUGGCCCUAAACAAUGGCCAAGUAGUGUCCACGUCACUCGCCAACCUCCAAGCCAUGGCCCAACCUCACCAGCUGUUGAAUUCCAACCCCCAACAGACGCCCAACAUUCGGCCAAACAUGCUGAACCCAACAUUAUCGAACGCGCUGCUAAACCCUGGACUGCCAAACUUCUUGUCUAACGGCGCAGCCAAUGCCCAAGAAUUACUCCAGGCGUUGCAACAGCAGCAGCAGCAACAGCAACAGCCUCAAGCGAACCAUAACCUUCUACAAACGGUUCAGCAGAACAGUAUGCCACAGCAAAUGCCAGGCAGGCGAUCCUCGUCUCCUCGUCCGGACAGGCACUAUAAAGAGAGAGAAAACUUCGCUGACAGAUUCGGAGGUGGAUCCAGAGAAAGGAACGAGAGAGAAAACUCAGGAUCAGCAGCCAUGAACAGCAUCAACAGGCUGGCUGCGUCGAACGGCGAGAUAACGAUCACUACGUCACACAACGCGAACGCCGGACCGGCCAGCAGUGCUGGUAGUGCCGGAUCCGGCCCGAUUCCGUCACCGCAUGCACCUGUAAAGAUGUCUCCUGGAUCCGUGAAGUCUCCAUCACAUGAUGACAGUGAUUUGCUUGCUGAUUCGCCAAAUCAACCAACAAUCAGCCAGUCAUCGAGCAACGUAGUGGACGGUAUCAACUUGGAAGACAUCAAGGAAUUCGCUAAGGCCUUCAAACUUCGACGGCUUGGGCUAGGCCUCACUCAGACCCAAGUCGGACAGGCCUUGUCCGUCACCGAAGGGCCUGCCUACAGUCAAAGCGCGAUUUGCAGUGCCCUGGCUUCGCAGAUGCUAGCAGCUCAGCUGUCUUCACAACAACAAAACAUAUUUGAGAAAUUGGAUAUAACACCAAAAAGUGCGCAGAAAAUCAAACCGGUGCUCGAACGUUGGAUGAAGGAAGCUGAAGAGAGGUGUUCAUCUCCGUCGGGUUUAACACUGGCUUUAUCAUGCAUGUUUAGUUCUUAUGGCACUGAAAUCACUGGACUGGCACAUCAGCUCGGCUACGAACGCGAGGUCAUCAGAAUAUGGUUCUGCAACAAACGACAGGCUCUCAAGAACACCGUCAGAAUGAUGUCCAAAGGCAUGGUGUAA